UUCCAGGUUGAGGCCGCGUUUGUUUCCCUCGGCCUUGUCUACAGUGUCGGAGGCGGUAGAGCUGUGAGUAGCGGUAGGGGCUGCUGCUCCCGGUCCCGCUCCGCCCACAGAUUCCGAUGGCGGCGGCGGCGCUGAGGGACCCGCCUCAGGGUGGUGUGACCUUUGAGGACAUUGCCGUGUACUUCUUCUGGGAGGAAUGGGGCCUCCUUGAUGAGGCUCAGAGAUGCCUGUACCUCGAAGUGAUGCUGGAGAACUCUGCACUUGUGUCCUCGCUGAAGAUACGUGGACCUCUCACUGUUGUGGCCUCUCCCAUUGUGGAGCACAGGCUCCGGACGCGCAGGCUCAGCGGCCAUGGCUCACGGGCCCAGCCGCUCCGCGGCAUGUGGGAUCUUCCUGGACCGGGGCACAAACCUGUGUCCCCUUCAUCGGCAGGUGGACUCUCAACCACUGCAUCACCAGGGAAGCCCUGUUUGAUUCUUUUUUUAUGAUUAAUGUCUCUCUGAACUUCUUGUUUUGUUCCUGUAUCAUUUUCCUUAUUAUGUUGAGUUAUCUAUCUGUGUUCUCUUGUAGCUCACUGAGCUUCCUUUUUUUAAAAGUUAUUUUAUUUAUUUUUGGCUGCAUUGGGUCUUCGUUGCUGCGUGCGGGCUUUCUCUAGUUGCGGCAAGCGGGGGCUACUCUUUGUUGCAGUGCGCGGGCUUCUCAUUGCAGUGGCUUUUGUUGCGGAGCAUGAGCUCUAGGCGUGUAGGCUUCAGUAGUUGUGGCUUGCGGGCUCUAGAGUACAGGCUCAGUAGUUGUGGUGCACGGGCUUUGUUGCUCUGUGGCAUGUAGGAUCUUCCUGGGCCAGGGCUCAAACCCGUGUCCCGUGCAUUGGCAGGCAGAUUCUCAACCACUGUGCCACCAGGGAAGCCCCCUCACUGAGCUUCCUUAAAACAUUUAUUUUGAAUCCUUUGGUGGUUCGUAGAUCUCCAUUUCUUUGAGGUUGGCUACUGGAAAAUUAUUAUGUCCCUUUGAUGGUAUCAUGUUUCCUUGUUUUUCAUGUCUCUUUUAUCUUUGUGUCAAUGUGUGUAUGUGUGGUGAAUCAGUCAUUUCUUUCAACCUUUUGGGGUGAAUUUUGGUUAGAGAAAUAGCUUCACUUUCACGUGAAUGCAGGGGUGCUGGCUGGGUGGGGUAUUGUGGUUUUGACUCCAGUGAAGACCCCAGGAGUAUAGUCUCUGUGCAGAUCUGUCAGCUUACAUCAGAAUGGUGAAGAUUGUAGGGGUCCUCAGUGACCAUGGCAGCAGUAGUAUGCGUGGUGGCAAUGGCUUUUGGAGUCUUUGGUGACAAAGACUGCUGGGAAUCCACUGAUCUCUUUUUCUCCCAUUGAGGAUGUUAUGGCUAAGGGGAUUUCCUUUGGAAUCCAUGCUGAUGAACUCUGCAGGAUCCUCUAAUGUGAAAACUGGGGAGUCUGCUGCUAUCGGAGGGGUUCUUCGUUGUCAGUGACAAAGCCUGCGAGGGUCCUCCACAGAGCAGGCCAAUAGGGACCAUGAUGGCACAAGCCCAGUGGCUGACACAGAACGUUUCUUCGCCAAGGUGGACGCCGGGAAUCUCCUCCCGCGCAGCUGUGGAAACUACACUACCCAGAGGGCAAUGCGCCCAAUGGUGGCGGAGUUGAGCCAAUGAAGGCCCAGGGCAGAGGUCAGGUCGCCCACUCAGAGGCUCGGAGCCAGGGGUCCUAAAAGAGAAGGCGCCAGAGGCCUCCGCAGAGGCGGGUCCAAGGCUUGGCGGCGGCGCACCUCAGGGUGACCCGUGACAGGCUGAGGUCGGGACCUCCACGCCUCACAGACUCCACCUCGCCCACAGACUCCGAUGGCGGCGGCGGCUCUGAGGGACCCGCCUCAGGGUAUGAAAUUUGAGGAUGUGGCCAUUGACUUCUCCCAGGAGGAGUGGGGGCUCCUUGAUGAGGCUCAGAGACUCCUGUACUACAAUGUGAUGCUGGAAAACUUUGCACUUGUAGCAUCCCUGGGUUGUUGCCAUGGAACAGAAGAUGAGGAGGCCCCUUCUGAGCAGAGUAUAUCUGUAGAAGGAGAGUCACAGGUUAGGGCUUCUAAGGCAGGUCCAUCCACCCAGAAGACCCACCCCUGUGAGAUGUGUGUCCCCAUCUUAAAAGAUAUUUUGCAGCAAGCUGAGCACCAAACAGUAUACCCUUUGCAGAAACCAGACUUGGGUGGCACAUAUGUGAGAUGCUUCUGUUUCAUUGCAAACCUUCGCCAGCAACAGAGGCAUGACAGUGGAGAGAAACCCUGGAAAAGAGAUGUGGACAGGGCCUCGCUUGUGAGGAGCUGCAACUUCUUUGUGCCUGGGAAGCCUUUCACCUGUAGGGAGGCUGGGGAGGACUUUCCAGCCACCUUGGGCCUUCUCCAGCACCAGGCCACACCCAACAGUGAGGAACGACAGAGUGGCAGCAAGAGUGGACAGGCCUUUCACAGUGAAAAAAGUCAUUACACGUGGGGUGAAUGUGAAAAAGUUGCCAGCCACAGCCACACACUUGUUCAAGAUCAAAGUGUCUGCUCUAAAGAAGGGCUUUAUGAGUGUAACAAAUGUAGGAAAGCCUUCAACUGCAACUACAGACUUGUUCAGCACCAGCAAAUUCACACUGGACAAAGACCAUAUGAGUGUGGUGAAUGUGGGAAAUUCUUUAGCCAUAUCUCUGGCCUUGUUAAACACCAGAGAAUUCACAGUGGUACAAAGCCUUAUGGAUGCAGAGAACGUGAAAAAUUAUUUACCCACAACUUUAGUCUUACAAAACACCAGAAAAUUCACAGUGGAGAAAGGACUUAUGAAUGCAGUGAAUGUGGAAAAGUCUUCAGUCACAAAUCCAAACUCAUUCACCACCAGAGACAACACACUGGAGGAAUGCAUUUUGAGUGUGGUGAGUGUGGGAAAUUCUUUAGCUACAAAUCCAACCUCAUUGAACACCAGAGAGUUCACACUAAAGAAAGACCUUAUGAGUGCAGCGAAUGUGGGAAGUUCUUUAGACAAAGUUCUAGCCUUUUCCGACACCAGAGAGUUCACACUGGAGAAAGGCCUUAUGAGUGCAGUGAAUGUGGGAAAGGCUUUAGACAAAUUUUUAAUCUCAUUCGACAUGGUAGAGUUCACACUGGAGAAAUGCCUUAUGAGUGUAGCGAAUGUGGGAAAUCUUUUAGCUGCAAAUCUGAACUCGUUCAACACCAGAGAAUUCACAGUGGAGAAAGACCUUAUGUGUGCAGUGAAUGUGGGAAGUCCUUUAGACAGUUCUCUAACCUCAUUCGACACCGGAGUGUUCAUACUGGAGAAAGACCAUAUGAGUGCAGUGUUUGUGGAAAAUCCUUUAGUCGCAAAUUUAUCCUCAUUCAACAUCAGAGAGUUCACACUGGAGAAAGACCUUACGAGUGCACUGAAUGUGGAAAAUCUUUUACCCGCAAAUCUGACCUCAUUCAACACCAGAGAAUUCAUACUGGCACAAGACCUUAUGAGUGCAGUGAAUGUGGGAAAUCCUUUAGACAACGCUCUGGGCUUAUUCAACACCGGAGAAUUCAUUCUGGAGAAAAGCCUUAUGAAUGUGGGGAAUGUGGGAAAUCCUUUAGCCAAAGUGCUAGCCUCAUUCAACAUCAGAGAGUUCACACUGGGGAAAAACCAUAUGAGUGUAAUGAGUGUGGGAAAUCCUUUAGCCAAAGUUCUAGCCUCAUUCAACACCAGAGAGGGCACACUGGUGAGAGGCCUUAUGAGUGCAGUGAAUGUGGGAAACUCUUUACCCACAAAUCUGACCUCAUUCAACACCAGAGAGUUCACACGGGAGAAAGACCUUAUGAAUGUACUGAAUGUGCGAAAUCCUUUAGCCGCAAAUCUAACCUCCUCAGACACUGGAGAGUUCAUGCUGGAGAAAAGCCUUAAAUGUGCAGGGAAUGUUUUAUUUUCUCACUCAGUAUAGCAACACUGGAGGAGACUGUGUGAGAGCCAUUUACCUGAAUUUAAACCUCUUAUUCAAACAUACACCAUGCAAGAUUGCUCAUAAGUUUCAGUUACAUCUAAGGCUUUAUGGAGAUGCAUUAUACUUUGUAACCUGCCCAGAGCUGCUGUUAGAUUUAUGUCACUGCCAUUUUCUGUGGCUGAAGCCUUUUCACCCCUGUACAUCAGGCAACACUCCAACAGGCUCAGGAAAGCUGAACUCUGUGUUCUCCCAUCUGCUUGAGGAAAUUAUGAAUAGCCCAAACCCUUAGCAGGAUGCUCAUUCCUUUCUCUCUGAUUUUAAGGAAUGGACCUGACCCAGGUUGGGUCCAAAGGACCUAUCCUCAGCUUGCUAAGAAGGACUACCUUUUUCAGGGACAUUAUUGUUCUCACAUCAUACUUGUGAUGAAUUUUUCCAGGUUCUGAUUUACCAACCUGGAAACUGCUUGCUGCACGUUGCUCUGGUUUGUGAUCUUUUGUAAAGGCCUCCUCUUGCACCUUUAAUUUUGGCGGUUCUUUUCUCUCUUCCAUGGGGUUUGGAAGCAAAAUUGUGAUCUGUUAGCAUGUAGAGGUGAACAGAUUAAUUUGCAUUGCUUCCCAAGGCCUUGAAAGAAAGACUGCAGGUCUCUAUGGUCCUAAUUCGUGGACUGGUGCCAGGAUUUUCGGAGAGGUCGGAAGUCACCCUGAAGAGGAGGCCUUUGUUGUGAGAACCCCCAGUGCUUCUGUGACCAACAUGAAUUUUUUUCCCUUGUUCACAUAAUUCCCAGCACCAUUGAGGGGACCUCGUCCCCAGGUCCUAUAAAGGAGCCAUGUGCCAUGGUGUACAAAUUUUCAAUGACAUUUUCAGUGUCAUUUAUUGUUAGACUACAAGGGUCAGGUAGAACCAUAAUUUGUGUUACUGAAUCAAACUCAGGUCCACUUCCCAUGUGCAGCACAGCCAAUCUACUGACACCAGGUUGUGAUGAAGUGAAGUACAGCAUUUACUGUAGGGCAUCAAGCAAGAAGAAUGGGCAGCUAAUGUUCAAAAGACCUGAACUCCCCAAUGGUUUUCAAGGAAGGGUUUUUAAAGGCAACAUUUGGUUUGAGUGUUGCAGCUCGUGGACUUUCUUCUGAUUUCUUAGUAUUGAGGUAACAGGGUGAUGUUUUCAUUAUCUUAAUCAUCAGCCUGCUAGUUCCAACCAGUCUGGGGUCUAUGUGCUUGUGGACAGCAUGUAGUCACCAUCUUCCACCUGGGUGGGGGUCUUGGUUUCUGCCGAACAGCACAAAGUUAUGUGUCAGAUUGUUGUUAUAUGUAUCACUUGAGGAGGAACAAGGACUGAUUUAUUGCUGAACUAUUGUUUAAGCUGUCAUUACUUUUCUUCCUUGACUGCUUUUCCUUUGUUUCUGUAUUCCCUCACUUCCCUAAUUAGGAACUGCUUGAGUCCGCUCUUUGGAACUUAGGGAAGACCUUGGAGUCUAAAACCUCUUUCUACUAACAAACAAGGGACACAUGGAGGGGCUUUUGUACCCAGGAGGGCCUGCAGGGUCCUGCUUUUAUUUGAUACUCCUCAAUCCUGAGGGGAACAGGGUCAGGACAAGAAAAGGAAUACAGUUUUGUGUAGCGAUGUUAAUCAUAAAUUUACCAGGGAGACUUGGUUUUCAGGGGGGUUGGUUUUGUUGGUGCAGAAACACUGGAUUAAUAGGGAGUUGAGGAGACUGCAGUAAAUUAGAUGGAAUGUACCUCUUCUAAAAGUUCGUCUACAAAUGUUCCAGUGACUAUGUCCUGUGUGAUCAGUGUGUACAGAAAUUCUCAGGAUCUCCAUAACUGUAUUUCCUGUAGCUGAGGUUUGUGGAUUCCUAUAGCCUUUCUGUGCUGUUCCCUCAAGGGCAUUGCUCUACUGGUGGGAAAACAAGGAUAGAGAGAAGGGCAGUCCUGUAGUCCAAGGAUGUGUCUUUUGUGACCCAGUGAGCAGUUCUUUUGAUUCAAGUGGCAGCAGCCUUCAUUGCUCGCCAAUAUUGGCUGCCACCAAGGCAAGGCUGCACUUCCCAGGGCAUAAGGAGAGAGAUGGUAGAGACCAUACAGGGUUGCCAACCUAAUUUUCCAAGGGAAGUGGGACAUCUAUACUUUUAUUUGGAACCACUUUUUAAGCCUUUCCUAAGGUUUAGCAAAGGUUAAGGUAACCCUUGAACAACAUGGGUUUGUAUAGUUGAUGUGCAACAAAGUGCACUUACCUAAUGGGUACAAUUUGAUAAGCUUUGACAUACAUGUAAAGCUGUGAAACCAUCACAAUCAUGAAAGUAAAUUUAUCUAUCACAUAUUUACCUCAUGCCCUUUUGGAAUCUCAUUCCCUACUCUCCUCAGCCCUACAGACAAUCAUUGAUUCAUUGAGUCACUUUCCUUUACAGUAGGUUAGUUUUUAUUUUCUAUAAUUUUAAAUAGGCAUUGUAAGAUGUAUACUCUUUUUUAAAAACUGAUUUACUUCAUGCUGCACAAUUAUUUUUAAAUUCAACAAUGAUGCUUAUAUUAGUAGUUAAUUAUUUUUAUUUCUGAGUAGUCUUCUGUUCUAUGGAUAACGUCUUUGUUUAUCCAUUCAUCUGUUUAUGGACAUUGGUUUAUUUCCAGGUUUGGGGUAUUAUAAAUAAAGCUGCUUUAAAUAUUUGCAUUCAGUUCUUUAUAUGGAUAUAUGUUUUAUUUCCCAUGUGUUAAUAACUCAACUGUUGCAGUGUAGGUAGAUGUUUAACAUUUUAAGAUAUGCCAAACGGUGAUCUAAAGUGGUUGUUCCCUUUUGUCUUCCCAUCAACAGUGUAUGAGAAUUGCAGUUCCUCUACUAGGUAGCCAACACUUGAUGCGGUCAAUGUUUUAAAAUUUUAGCCCUUGAAAUAAGUGUGUAGUUUUAACUUUCUUUGGUUUUAAUUCCAUUUUGCUAAGAAUUCAUGAUGUUGAGCAUUUUUUCCUGCAUUUGUUUGCCCUCUGUUUAUCUUCUUUGGUAAAAAGACUAUUUAUAACUUUUGACUACUUUCUUUUUAUGUAAUUUAUUUAUUAUUUUAACAAAUAAGACAGUGUAACAACAAAGACUUAUGUUGGAAUUUCACUCGUUCUUCAAUGAUGUGACCUCUUUGCCUUAUGGGACAAUCAUUUUUGAAUACUGGAAGGAAAUUACUUUUCCUCAAUAUUUUGCCCUAUGCACAGCUGAAAGCCCACAUGCACCAUAUAUUUUUUUGCUUAACCUGCACUAUUAACAUA